UUGAUCUGUCAUUUUAAAAAUAAUCACAUUUUCUGCGUACAUGCCGCAAGUUAUUUACUUUUUGUUCAGCGAAAAAUUGUGAUUUAAAAUGAAAACUAAAUCAAGAAAAUCUAAAGCUUCGUGGCGCAAAAAUGUAAAUAUAACCGAUGUCGAAGAAUACCUGGAAAGUCAACGGGAAGAUGAGCGGAUCGGUACUAUCGCUGAUAAACCAGAUGCCGCACUCUUCACCAAGGAUGUAACCAGGUCCGACAAUCGAAAACUGUUGAAAGCUCAACGAAGAAAGAAGUUUACCGCCAAACCAAUGUUUUGCAAUGCCUUAGAGAACCAUUCCAAAGUUUCGGACCCGAUUGCUAAACGCAAUCUGAUUACGAACGAGCAAAGGAUUGCUUCUAUUAAGAAAAAGAGAGAAGACAUUAUAUCUAGAAAAACUAAAGUAUCCGCUAAAAAUGCACAAAAAAAGGCUCGGAGUACUGAUCAAUUUGCGAUGGAUAUUUGGGAAGAAGAUCCGGUUCCGGAAGAGUUACAAAACGAAUGGAUCAGCGAAAGCGUUGUUUUACAUAACAUGAAAAACACUGGCAAACCUUUGGUCAAAGUUGCUGCUUCUACACACGCAAAACCAAAUGUCGUGCCUAAUGUUGAACUGCCGUCUGCUGGAACCAGCUACAAUCCUUCGAUUGAUGAUUAUAAUGAGUUGAAGGAACAAGUUAUUGAAAAGGAACGAGUAAUUAUCAAGAAAGCUGAGCAUUUGGAUCGAGUAGUGACGCAAAAGUUCACAAAACUUUCAAAGGAAGACCGUGAUCGGAUCAUUCAUGAAGAAAUGACAGAAGGAUUGUUUCAAACAGAAGGUGUUGAUGAACCGGUAGAGUAUGACGACGUUGACGAAUACAAAUCUGUCAACCCGCCCGUCAAAAAUAAAAAGAAGGACCGGAAGGCGUUGAAUAAAAAGUUCCGAGCAGUAGCCAAGAAAAAUGCUGAGGUUGAACUGAAGGUUGAAUUGAAGAAGUUACGCGAUAUAAACCGUGUACAUGAAUACCAAUGUUUGUUGGAUAAACAUGAAGCGAAAAGUGAAAAAUUGCAGAAGAACCGUGCCAAGCGCCAAGAGGAGAAGAAGAAAACCGCUGGACGUGUUGCGUAUCUAAAGUUUGAAGAAGCCGAAAUAGAUUUCGCUGAACCUUCGGAGCUGGCCGAUAGCCUGCGGACUGUUGUUCCGAAUAAGAGUCUACUGGCAGAUCGGUUCAAAAGUUUCCAGCGGCGAACACUGAUCGCACCGAAGAAACACCGCGACGGAAUACCGCGCAACAAUAGGUCCACCCUGAAGAAAUGGAAACGUUACGAACUUAGUACACAUAAAAUAGUGUAAUAUAAUAUUUUUCUACUAUGUAACCUUCAAUAUGUGUAUCAUUGGAAAUAUAUCUGAUAAGUUUCCAGAUAUACGAA